CGCCGUCCUUUCGUUUCCGGGUUUGCCCUCACUUUGGGUUGCCGUUUGCGCUUCAGUCGUGGUGACGAGCUAAAUAGUACAUCUGUAUGUUGUAUUGAAAUUAUUAAGGAAUGAGUAUGAGGAGUGUGUAAAAUGUGGCGCGACUCUGUUCCCAUUUGUGACCCAAUGCCGGUACCGUAGUUGCUCGGUGACCACAACCAACAUGUCCGCGGAGGGAGUUCACAUUUGCCGAGGAGGAAUGCGGUAGGCGGGGCCGCGAGCCUUGUGUCAAACUUUGGCAAUGACAGCACGAGUGCCGCAGGAUUCGCGAAGAAGGCAAAGUGUCGCCCCUGUUGCAGCUCUUUGGAUUGCCUGGGACUUGUCUAAUUUUUUUUCACCCCCAGACGUUCUGCCUGCGGCACCCACACUUUUUCUUUGACGGGCUCAAAUUGCACAUACGUCCUCAGCCAUGUCGGAGGACUUGAGCUCCCAACCGUGGUCCAUCAACAAAGAUGACUACGAGCUACACGAGGUGAUUGGGAGCGGCGCCACAGCUGUGGUUCAAGCCGCCUACUGCACACCGCGCAAGGAGAAGGUGGCCAUCAAGCGAAUCAACCUAGAGAAGUGCCAGACCAAUAUGGACGAGCUCUUGAAAGAGAUCCAGGCCAUGAGCCAGUGCCAUCACCCCAACAUCGUGUCUUACUACACCUCCUUCGUGGUGAAGGAUGAACUGUGGCUGGUCAUGAAGCUGCUAAGUGGUGGCUCGGUGCUGGAUGUGAUCAAGCACAUCAUCUCGCGAGGCGAGCACAAAACAGGCGUCCUGGACCAGGCCUGCAUAGCCACCGUCUUGAAGGAUGUUCUCGAGGGCCUCGAGUACCUGCACAAGAACGGGCAGAUACACAGAGAUCUCAAAGCUGGAAACAUUCUCCUGGGAGAAGAUGGUUCCGUGCAAAUUGCAGACUUUGGUGUGAGUGCCUUCCUGGCCACCGGCGGCGACAUGACCCGCAACAAAGUGCGCAAGACGUUUGUGGGAACUCCGUGCUGGAUGGCACCUGAAGUCAUGGAGCAGGUGAAGGGCUACGAUUUCAAAGCGGAUAUCUGGAGCUUCGGCAUCACCGCCAUCGAGCUGGCCACCGGGGCGGCGCCUUACCACAAAUACCCACCCAUGAAGGUGCUGAUGCUAACGCUGCAGAACGACCCGCCGGGCCUGGAGACGGGCGUCAGCGACAAGGAGAUGGUGAAGAAGUACGGAAAGUCCUUCAGGAAGAUGAUCUCCAUGUGUCUGCAGAAGGACCCGGAGAAAAGGCCAACGUCCUCGGAGUUGCUCAAGAAUAAAUUCUUCCAGAAAGCCAAGACACACGACUACCUCCUUGAGAAACUUCUUCAGAGGGCUCCUACGAUGUCAGAGAGAUCCAAAAGGGUACGUCGCGUUCCGGGUUCCAGCGGGCGCCUGCACAAGACGGAGGACGGCGAGUGGGAGUGGAGCGACGACGAGCUGGACGAAGAGAGCGAGGAAGGCAAAGCGGCCGUGGCCGCCUUGAGGGAGCAGCAGGUGAAGCCUGCUGGCGCCCCCCGGCGACAAGUGCGCUUCUCCUACCCCCUCGAGCUGCCGGCGUCCACGGUUGUUCACUUGCCAGCGCAAAUACAAAUGGCCUUCCCCUAACAAAGGAAGGACUCUCGUUAGCUGCGGCGGCAAACUGCC